GCUAUUUUCAACUUCUUCCAUUGGAAUUGUCAUUUUCGGAAUGGUUGUCAUAGGACCGUUAUGUUUUGUUCACUUUCACCUCUACACUCAACAUCAUCUGCCAGACUUUUCUAAACCCUCCGUUUAUUUAUGUAUUAUCUUCCUCUUUCCAUUGUCUAGGUCCACAGAACCCCUGGAUCAUAACCCAUGGCAACUCAGAUAACCUGGUAUCAUGAAUACGAGAAUGUUCCUGACUAGGGACACCUUGAAGUCAAUUCCCCCUUACCAGAGCAUUGGGACUCCCCACAAGCGGACAUCCCCUCGGCUAUGGAAAAAUUACGAAUUGAAGGUCCUUUCCUGUGGCGUCACACUGAACACGAGAUUCUGUAUCAUGAAUUGUACUCUACUGAGAACGGUAAGCCGGAGAACUUUUUAUAUCGCGAUCCAAUUAGCGGGCCGAGGAGAUUGGCUUGACUGGGAAAACCUCCGUGGCCAGAACCUGACUUCAUGUACUCUUCGUAUAGAAAUUACCUACCCGAUUGACAAAGUUCACGAUUCACCGGUAGAAACGGUGUCAAGUCGCAUUUCAAGGUAUCCAAUCAGAUGUAUCUUUCAAUAUUAAACCUUAAACGCCGUGUCCCAGAACAUGCUCGCCAGACGUAACUCAACCUACCAUACACUGAAUUUGAUGCGA